GAGCUGCAGGCCAAUAGCAGCAGUAGCAGAAGCAGCUGGGAAGUCAUUUUGUUUCAACACUUGUUUAGCUAAUGAACGAAUGGUUUUGCCCAAAUGGAUAUUGGAUGUCCAGUAAUGGGGCUUUUAUUGCAGUCAGAUAAAAAUCCAGUUUAUUGGCAAAUUUUAUGCGAUAGCCAUGGUCAAAUUUCCCCAUAAAUUUGACCAGGCAUGUUCAAUUAACGAUAUCAAUCGAGGUACGGAAAAUCCAUUAGCCAGUCUUUCUUUGGAUAUCAGACAUGUUAUUACGUUGUGGCAAAAUCGGAAUUUCAACUAUUAUCCUGAUAUUGGUGUCAUUCGCAUCAUAUUCGCAUAGUGCAAGAUCGGAUAAUCUUCAGUUCAUAGUUGGUGGCCAGAAUGCUGAUGAGGGCGACGCUCCCUAUCAGAUCUCAUUGCAGACAUUGCUGGGACGGCAUCUGUGUGGCGGGGCCAUCAUAUCGGAUCGUUGGCUACUCACAGCUGGACAUUGUGUGAGUGGUUAUCCUGCAGAUCGUCUUCAAGUGGUCACUGGAACAUUGCAAUAUGCGAUACCAGGAGCUAUCUACUAUCCCGAGUCCAUUUACUUGCACUGCAACUACGACACGCCCAAGUAUCACAAUGAUAUAGCUCUGCUGCGAGUGAAUCAGAGCAUUGUCUUUGAUGCUCAUACCCAGCCAGUCAACUUACCCAUUGGUCCAUGGGCCGCGUCAGGAGCACAACUCCUUUUCACAGGAUGGGGCACACAAUCAAUUUCGGGUAGCACUCCAGCCCGAUUACAACGUGUCCAGCAACAAUAUAUCACCAGCCAGACAUGCAAGUCUCUUCUAUCCGACUACGAAGAUGUCGAGCUGGGUCCUUGCCAUGUCUGUGCAUAUCGACAAUUAAAUAUUGGCGCCUGUCACGGUGACUCCGGAGGACCUCUUGUCCACGAGGGCAUCCUGGUGGGCAUACUCAACUUCUUUGUACCCUGUGCCCAGGGCGUGCCAGAUGUAUUCAUGAAUAUCAUGUUCUACAGAGAUUGGAUAAGGCGAGUUAUAAGUGGCAAUGCAAAAUGUACCCAAGUCCAUGAACAAAUUAUUGGUUAAAUAAAAAUUCGAAAAUACUCAAA